AUGGUUGGGCUCACCGAGGAUGAAGUCCGCGGGUCGCCGCUGUGGCAGCACAUGAAGAAGGUUCUCCUGCAGGUUCUUCAGCAGCAGCCGAGCAGUGCGCUGGACGCCAUCAUCCCCUCCUCCUUCGUGGUGCAGACGGGCAGCGCUGUGCCGCCGCACGCCACCACCAUCUACGCGGACCACCGCCCACGAGUCUUUAACACCGUCCCGGCCGACGUACUGGAGAAUCUGCGUUGGGCCUCCAGCUUUGGCAAGGUGCUCGCGCCACCGAAGCCCAGGCGCAAGCCAACGGAGGAUGAUGAGGAAGCACCGCCGGAGGAUGAGGACGAGGACGAGGAGGUGUUGCCCGCCGAGCUCAGCGACGUGGUGGGAGAGCAGUCCGUCUUUAAUUCCGUGGGCGAGGGGCUGCAGCCGGAGGAGGCCUUUCGACUCGUGGUGGGGAUGAAGCAGCUCGCUAAGAUGGAACCACUGGCGACGGCCCGCUUUUGGGGCAAAAUCUUCGGCGCUUGCUCGGACUACUACAUUGUGGAGACGAAGAUUGACCCGGAGCGGCUGCCAGAGGAGGAGGAUGACGACGGCGCCACAGAGGACGAGGAAGAGGAGGGAGUACCCAUAGAAACCGUUGCAGAUGUCCUCUACUCCUACGGCGUGAAGCGGCGGGUGGACACGGGGAUUGAGCCAGCCGGUAGCGGGCUGAACGAGUGGGUGUACUACGCCGCGCUGUCGACGGACCCCACCAGCUGGGUACGGUUGCCGGAUGUGACGCCGAAUCAGGUCAUCGCCGCCCGUCACAUUUGUCGCGGCUUUACGGGGGAUCUUGAAAGCUCCGUCGAGACACACCCGCACUUCCCCGGGAAGGAGAAAAACUACUUGCGGGCACAAAUUGCCCGCAUCAGCUGCGCGUGUCGGGUGGCACCACGUGACAUGUACACAACCGAGGGGGCGGUUCCAGAGGAGGAGGACGAGGACGGAAACUUGUUGCCGCCGCCGGAGACUGUAAAGGCCUACACGACGCUGCCGCCGCUCAACCCACAGGAGGUGCCAGACGAGGAAGACAGCGAGGCGAUCGAGCUUGUCAAGUCAUGGUUCUACGGCUACCGCGACGAUGAGUUGCUGCAGGGGAAGUAUUGGGUACACGUUGCCCCAACACUCUUGAAAACCGGCCGAACUGUUGCGACGGAGUCAGAAGAGCAGCAAGAAGACGUAGAAGUCGACCACUCGGAGAUGAUCCAUCCGUUUUUGUGUGAAGUCAGCCGUGACAAUCCCUUGACCUACGCGUCUCACAGCCGUAGUCAACUACCCGCCUGGAGCUUCCGCAAGGCCUUUUUCAAUGAAAGUAGCAAAACGUUUACUUACGUUGCCAGGUCGGGCAUCUGGCCUGGGGCCUUCACGUACGCCGUGACGGAGUUGGGUGAGCCAGGUAGCCGCUACCAGAGCGUUUACAUUGGCACGGGUCUCAAGAGCCUGCAGGGCAGGAACUACGCGCCACGUUUGCCCCCACGGUGCCUGGUGGAGUAUCCAGAGACGGAAUUGUUUUUGCAGCGCGAUGGUACGGCCGAUGAUGAGCUGGAGUAUGCCUCGCCGCCCCCGAAACCGGAAGUUUUCGAGGAGGAGGAAGAUGAGGAGGCUUAG